AUGCAGGCGCUGCGGGAAGUGGUACUGUGGCCGAUUAAGUACGCCAAAGAGGCCGCCGCGCUAGGCCUAAAGUGGCCGUCAGGUGUGCUCCUGUACGGCCCACCAGGCACAGGCAAGGUGAGACUGUCGUCAUCCAUCUUCGGAGCAUACGCGGGGGAGAGCGAGAGGCGGUUGAGAGACGUCUUUGAUGCGGCCAGGGGGGAAAAAGAGGAGGAGGGGGUACUGGGGGUAGGAGUUAGAGAGGGAGUUACUGAGGGAGGGGCAGAGGGAGGGGCGGAUGUGCGGCCGUCCAUUGUGUUCAUCGACGAGAUUGACGUGCUGUGUCCCAAGAGAGACUCCAGAUUGGCGUUCUGCAUCAUCCCAAACGAGACUCCAGAACCAAAGAGCUUUCUUCUCCUUCCAACCGCAAUGGACUCUCACUCUCAACCUUCUUCUCCGUCUCCCCCUCACCCCAUCACCCCCUCCCCCCCUCUCCCCUUCUCCCCUUCACCCCAUCACCCCAUCCCUCCCUCUUCCCUUCUCCCCCUCUCCAACGCCCAGCUGCACGCACGCUCCCUGCCUCUGCAUGCUGACGUGGACAUGCGCCAGCUGGCGGCGCGCUGCAAGGGCUACGUGGGUGCUGACCUGGCAGCCGUGUGUCGCGAAGCUGCUCUCGCUGCUGUUAUGGAUCUGGCUGCUGGGGAGGAGGAGAGGGGAGGGGGGAUGGUGGAGGAAGGGGAGUCUGGAGGAAAAGAGGCGAUGGGAGAGAAGCGAACAGAGAAGCGUCUGCAGAUGGCAGUGGAGUGGCCGCUGCAGCACCCUGAAGCCUUCUGGCGCCUUGCUCUCACCCCCCCCAGAGGAGUGCUGCUGCACGGGCCACCUGGGGGAGGCAAGACCAUGCUCGCCCUCGCCGCUGCCCACGCCUCCAAGGCAACUCUCUUCUCUCUCAGGUGUGCUUCCUUUCAUUUGAGUCGUCCACUCACGGAUCCUCGCUCUCACCCCUCCCAGGGGCGUGCUGCUGCAGUGCACGGCCUACCUGGAGGCGGCAAAACAAUGCUCGUCCUCGCUGCUGCCCAUGCGGAUCACGCUCUUCUCUCUCAGCGGUGCAGACCUCUUUUCCAUGUACGUGGGCGAGGGGGAGGCGAUGCUCAAAGACACAAGCUGUGGCUGACCUCUGUCCAUCCCUCUGUUCCCUCCUGCACCCAUCCCCUUCCCAUCUGCAGCGGUGCGGAUCUGUUUUCCAUGUACGUGGGCGAGGGGGAGGCGAUGCUGAAAGACACGUUCCGAUUGGCUCGCAUGGCGGCUCCCAGCGUGGUGUUUGUCGAUGAGGUGGAUGUGGUGGGGGGCCGCAGAUCCGAAGCAGAAAGCUCAGGAAGUGGAGGUGGAGGGGGAGGGGGGGGCGGAGGCAGCGUGGGAGAGAGGCUGCUGGCGGCGCUGCUGACUGAAAUGGACGGGCUUCAGUCGCUCACUGCUCCCAGCGCACCCUCAAGCACCACAAGCAACACACGACAAGGCAGUUCAGACGCCACCUCAGCUCCCUCCUCCUCCGCUCCCUCCUCCUCCUCCUCAUCGUCAGUGCUGGUGAUAGCAGCAACCAACCGCUUCCAAGCCCUGGAUCCCGCCAUCAUUCGGCCAGGGAGGUUUGACUCGGUGAGUGCCCCCACCAUACUCAGUCACUGGUCGCUCUGUCACCACGUUCCCCAACCACUUGUUCCUCCCCUUUCAUCCUCCACUACAUGUCACCACUUCCCCGUCCCUUCCAUCCUCCGCGUCAGAUAA